AUAGAACAAACUUAUUGUACCUACUUCUGAAAUUAUGCUGCCUGGCGUGGCAGACUAUUUAGAGCCAUGCUCACCCGAGAAACAAGCAUGAUAGACAAGUCUUACAUCAACAUCACAGUACCCACUUCACCAAGCCUUGAGUCCUAGACCAGAGCCCCAAGUCUCACAGAUCCACCGCCAUGGUUCACCCUGUGGAAGGCUCCUUCUACGUGUACGCUCCUGUCAAGGGCCCGUCCAUUGCCUUCGCAGUUCUCUUCGCCAUUUCCGGCGUUCUACACAUCUGGCAGAACAACCUCAAAUACAGGUCAUGGCGUAUUGGCCUCUUGCUACCCUGGGCAGCCAUAUUAUUUGUGGUCGGCUUCAGCAUGCGCGAGUAUGGAGCAUAUCAUUAUGGUAACAUGGGCCUAUUCAUCGCCAGUACUGUUCUUCUCUUUGUCGCUCCACCGGUCUACCAAGGUGCCAACUAUUUCAUCUUUGGCCGUAUCCUCUAUUACCUUCCCUAUCUGUCCCCUCUGCACCCUGGACGAGUGUGGACAACGUUUAUCACAUUAGACACCAUAGAUGGGAUUCUGGCAGGCAACGGCGCUGCAAUCGCCGCCAAUCCAGACAACAGUCCCGGAAAGCUCAACACGGGAAAAAUUCUAGUGAAGCUGUCACUGUUCCUCCUGUUGGGCAUGUUCCUCGCCUUUCUGGCGCUCAUUGUUAUCUUUCACCGACGAUGUAUCGCUGCAGGGGUGUUCAACCACAAGGCCAAGGUCAUCAUCUAUGAGCUUUAUGCAUCGAGCUUCCUCAUUCUUCUUCGCAACUGUUUCCGCACCGCCUCCUUCUUCUACCCCUGGUACUCGACGGCUAACGGAGAAGAAUGGCCCUUCUGGGUCUUUGAGGCCGUGCCCAUGCUCAUCAACACCUUCCUGUUGAAUGUCUACCCACCUGCCAAAUAUCUACCUCGAAAUCAUAAGACCUACCUCGCAAAAGACGGCGUGACCGAGCUUGAAGGACCAGGCAUGGUCGACAAGCGACCAUUUAUCUACACCCUGAUCGACCCCUUUGAUAUCGGUGGCCUGAUCACCGGCCAGGACAACAAGAACAAGUUCUGGGAGAAGGAUGGGAUAGGCGGUCCAAAAGAAGAGGAGCAAGCAAUACAGCAUACUACAACUCUAGCAGGAGAAGCAGCGAACCAGAAGGUUUGAUUCGGGUAUAAAUGGGAUGAGGCAAGUCUUUGUUGAGAAUUUUGUCUUGUCUAACUAGACAUCUUUCAGAGAGGAUGGAAAGGAACUCGGCCUAUGGAGUAGGCACACCAGCCCUGCUGGCUCCUGCCUGAUCUAACUCCUGCCCAGGUGCAAUUGUUGAUGUAUUCUAGGCAGGGACGGCCUAACAGUCUUGAGAGAGAAAAAAGAUGUGGGAUUCGUUGUACUGUGCAUCCUGGUGUGGUUCUCACAUAGCAUCGGAGGUAGCGUGGUAGUCGCAUUUUCUUUUAAUGCAUUGCCCU